AUGAUCCCUGUGGCCGGUCGACGACGCGGACAAGCCCCGCCAGCCGCCGCCCAGGCACCGCCGCCGCCGCCGCCCAGCGCGCCAGCUGGCGGGGAGCCCGAGUGGCUCUUCGCGGACGGCGCCGCCUCGGCAGCUGGCGGCCCCGCGACGAGGCCCGCCCAGCCCCCCGUCCCCACCGCUCGUGACGCGCUCUCGUUUCUUGAUGACGAUGAGCCGCUUGCUCUUGCCGCGGCACCAUCGUACUUUGCCCCGGCUCCCGCAACGGCAGCAGCGGCGGCGGCGCACGCUCACGCGGCCCCUUCCAGAGUCUCGCUUUGGGACCGCUACGAGUCCCUGCAGGAGAAUUUACAGGCAACUGGAAGAGAAUUGCUUCCUUGCGAAGCUCGCAUCGAACUAUUGGAGAGAGGCGAAGAUGACUUGUGCCAAGAGGUGAGGCGGCUGGCAAACGACGUCUGCGAGAAGCAGGAGGAGGUGGGCCGCGCAGCUGUGCUCAGGUUGGAGCUGGAGGAGUCACUGGAACUGCGGCGGAAGUGGGUACAAGGGGAGAUGAGGGACUGCCACAGGCAAGGCCUCAUUGCCGCCGCGCAUGCCCUUCAAAGCCAGUACGAGAGUGACGUCAAACGUUUAAAGACACUUCUAGAGGAACAAGCGGCAUCCUUGCUUGCCGCGCAAGAGAGGCAUAGCGCCAUGCAUGGGAGCAUCAGUGCAACGGAGCCGUAUGAGCAGGCCCUUGUCCAGCUGCAAGAGAGGCUGAAAAAGUCCGUGCAUGAGAUGCGCAACAGCAUUUGCGUGCGUGUUAAGCCAUGCCUUGUGGGAAGCAUCCGAGAGACGGUGGUGCAGUCCGCUCAACAGCGUCUAGAUAUUCUCUCCAAUGAUAGACAGAGAAGAUGGGACGAGUGGGAAUUGUUUCAGAAAAAAAUGCGAGACAAAUUUCACAGCUUUCAGGAAGAGAGGCGUUUGAAGCGUAGGACCGGGUUUGAUUCGGUAUUGGCGCACGCGGCGACAAAGUUCCGCACGGCGCUUGACAAUCGCCUCACCGCGUCAACGCAGCGUUUCGCGGAGCGGCAAAGGGCCGUCAUAGCGGAGACACAUCAAGGAGCCCAGCGCGCCAUUGACGAAGCGGUCCAGCGUUUUAGAGAGGAUUUGACUACUAUGGAAAAGAGGCAAAGUGAAGAGCUAAAGCGUGCAGUGAACCAAUGCGCCGCCGAGCUCGCGCAUCAUGCCCGCCUUCACACUGCGGAGCGAGAGGCUGCACUUCGUCGACAGCGCCAUCAUGCAGAGGAGCAGCAGGCAGAUGUUGCAGGACCCUCUGUGGCCAAAUUGGUUGAAAAUAAAUUGGGCUUUUUGCAAGCGCAAGUGGAGCAGUUGCGACAGUCAGUUUUGUUUGGUAUACAAGAAGUUACGAGUGCUUCUUCCCGCCACGGGGGCGUAGCAUUUCCUCUCCGAGAGAAGGCGUUGAUGUUGGAGGAGUGUGAGCGAAAUACACGCCAGCUCAGUGAACGAAUAGGCACCCAGUGGCAACGAUUCCAAGCGGCUGUGGCUCCGCUGGAGCAAUGCGUCAGCUCCAUGGCCGCUGUGCUGCAGGAAGGCCGUGUGAAGGUGGCUACCAUGCAGCAGGGGGUGGAGUCUGUUUACCGGGCAUGGAGCCAAGACGUGAGACGUGAGCUUUCUCGGUGCCUGACUUCGGGCGGGCUCUCCUCAAAGGCGGAGGAGGUACGGAGCGGUGUUGAGUGCAUGACGCAGGUUAUGGAGGACCUGCUGGCGCAGCUACACCCACUGCGGGAGGCCCACGCCGAGGGACGAGCCCGGCAAAGAUGCUUCAGGGCGAGCAUGGAGCAGGAGAUUGGGGCGCUUGAUGCGCAGCGGGGGAACUCCAACAGUGCACUUAAAGCUGUAUUUGACGUCUACGAUCGCUUGUCCCGCGUAGAGGCGGAGCUAGAGGCAAAGCGUCACACGCUGGAGGUUGCGGAGAGCGACUAUGCGGACGCCAGGCGGCAACUGGAGGAGGACAGGGCUGCAUUCAGUGCACGGUUGAAGGAGGCGGAGCAGCUCGUCGCGGUACUGCGACAUGGCGCGGCGAGAUGGGAGAAGGCUGGCGUCCUUGGUGAGUCUACGGGGUACUCUCCUCAAGCGCUGCGGGAUCUGACGUCAGAGGACGCGUGUCGAGAGAACGCCCCGCGAGCAACGUCGAAGGGGUCACACCAACCACGCCGCCAGCAGCGGCAGGGGCGGCACCCCGCGGUUUUGGACGAGACGCUGAUGCGCCCCCAGGAGCGCCCUGUAGGGGAGGAGAGGGCAGCUCAGCUUGCAACAGCUGAUAGCUUGACGGAUUUUGUAAGCCUGCUGACGGUGGAUGACGCUUGCUUGCCGACAGGGACCUCCAGUGGGACGGACACGCGCGGGCGCAGGCGGCCGUCACAUGACGCAGGCUACGAGCCCUCCUCGGAGCGCGGGCGCGGCAGGGGCAGCACCGGCUCCCUCACCACACCGACCACCUCCAACUCGUGA